GUGCCGGCCUUUGUGAAGAGAUCCGUGUUUGAAUUUUCCUCGAAUGUGGAGCUGUUCUCGUUCCAUGGUCGUCCCAGUUACAGUGCCCUAGAAGGUGUAGUAGAAAAUGCGCCCCCUUUCCAUGAGGCUGUUGAGGAUGCCGCUGAGGGCGCUCGUGUAGUCACGUCGAGCAGAAACCGGCGCGGUGGUUAUGCGGAGGUGCCGACGUGUCGCACUUCACGAACUCGUUAUUAAUUUAUGUCUGUAUGAAGUGCUGUGCUUCGUUUGUACGUUGGUUCUUUCACGAAGCUUUUGCCACACGCCAAAUGAGAAUAAACGCGAAAGUUGCUGUAAAAAAGGCUCUUUUCUGGUCGUUCGUUGGGCCGCAUGAGCAUGCGCCCUUCAGUCAACUGGCAUAUGCCACAUAAAACACAGAGCACACGCACUAAAGAAAACUGGUUUAUGCUUUCUGGUAUAGAAUGAUUUCAGUCUCGGACUCUGUAAAAGUGGCUGACAAGAAGUACAAAAGACACAAUAGACCGUAAUACUCACACAAUAUGAAUAACAAAAAAGCACAAUAAAAAUGCAGACGCCACAUUAGAUACACUUGAUGUCAAACCCAAAAUUCAUCAUUGGUUAUUAAAAAUUAGGAACAAGUUACGUGCAGCGACCAAGCUUCAGAUAUUUUGCACGAUCACAUUUCUGUGCUUUUGGCGCGAUUUAGUGACUUCACAAAAGAAUGGAACUAGGGGUCACACAAAAUGCAAUUACUUCAGUGGUCUGGGCUUUGCACCUGUUCCUGCGUACUGAAGAGCCCGUCAACACAUUUUCUAAGUUUUGCACAAACCUAUAAGCAUAAAGCCUGUAGGGUUCCGCCCCCUGAACCCAACACAGGUGUUGGACCCGACCCGUCAAACCCGCAACCCAGUGAACACAGAGGCAGAAUGCAGAACGAACAAACCAAAUAUUGUUCUCAAACAAUGACUUACAUUUUGCAAAACCUUGAACUACUCGUUCCAGCACAGACAAAAUGCACCACUCACGUCCCUCUUCACAGUCGAAAGGCUUCUCUUCAGCUUCGCUGGCCAACUGCCUCACACCCACUGCCGCAGCAGGUUAAGCGUCCCCCUUUAUCACUUCCCGGAGCUAUCAGGUCGCAUCGGUGCCUUGCCUGAUGCGCCCCCUACCACACUCUCCUCCCCUCAAAGUAGUCACAGUUAUUAAAUGUCCGGGAGGUUCAAGAGGUCGUCAUCGGAGACCCUGGCCGGCAGAGUGGUUGUUCGUGACGGAUGACAUCCACCGCCGCCUAGAUAUCCUAGGGGCCCAAAACCGGUUGGCGGCACAGGGAGGUUGAGUUGUAUGCGGCUGGCAUGUAGAGCACUUUGUCGGUGAAUUUCUUGGCUGACCAGAAGGAUCUGACACACAAGUCAGAGUCUCUCAUGUUCCUCCAGAGUAUAAGAAGCAGGGGCUCCGAGGACGGCUGGGCAGCAGAUGUGCUACUGGCAAGCUGCUGCAACAAUAAAGCGAAGAGAGCUGUCAUCUGCCGAAGCAGGUCAUCCACUACUGGCAGGUCCUCCUCGUAGAUGGACUCGAGAUGCUUCUUGGCCGGCAUGGCCAGCACACGCACGCUCCUGAACUACAAGCAAAAACAGCAGAAGCGACAGCGAGCAAAGGCACAAAGCGACAAGUGCUAAGAACAAGACAGCAAUGUGCUUGCUGUCCGUGUUCCUGGGCGCGCAGCAAGAUGGGUCGGCCCUACGUUGGGCGCCAAAUUGUACGCGCCCCUUAGCGAUGCAGCGAAAGGCUUUGCUGCCUCCCUCGCUGAUCGAUGGGAUGUUCCUUAUCAGGUAAACGCGUAGCUAACUCCGGUGGCUUACAGGCUCCUUACGCUCCCUACCACAAGCCUGAUGGAUGCAACAGGCCCUCUUUAUCCUUUGGCUGUGUCAGCCCAGCUGCCUGCAGGUUCUGCAUGUCAUUCUUGUCAGCAAGCAGCAGCUUCCUACACAUGUCACAGGAAUUUUCAGGCAACGUAGCCAGCUAUAUAAAAAAUAAGUCUCUGAUCGCAAUUCUUGAUGAUACACAUCCAGCAUGGUCUGUUGACUUCUCAAUUGCAGGUUCAGCACUACUGAGGUAAUCAUCUCCAAUGAGCUUGUGUGUCAGAACCUGCUUUGCACAUUUGUGUUCCUCUACAUCAUUUGUACUGAGCAGAGCAUUUGACAUGCUGGGCUCUGCAUUACCAACAGAUUUAGUUUCACUGCCACUGGUUUCUCUCCCAAACCUUUCGACGACUUUCGUCUUUGGGCGCUGCAAACUGCAAACAUGGAAAGUUUCCGUCCAUUAUCCGAACGAUAGCCGGUGUAGCCAGUCUUGUGGCCCAGCGAGAAGCAAUGGAUGUCAGCUUUCUUCUUUUCCAUCGCGCACCACCUCACAUAAAUACCGCCAAAGAGAAACAGCAAUUUCACUAUUGUUUUUUCAUUAUUUCAAUUGUAGUAUUUUGCAAAAAAAAAGUGUCCUCUCAGAGCCACCAAAGCAUCACGCCAAUACGGCAGAAACCGGUAGAAACACUGCAGAAGUCAACAGCACUUCCUAGUUUCUCCUCGAGAAUUCGACAGCAGCGUCAGCGGAGCCAGCAGCAGCCGUGAGUUCAUUCUCCCUCAGCUAUUGGGCAGGAAUCGGCCCGCUCUUUCCACUUCAGUGAAACCUCGUUAAUACGUACCAGCUUAAGCCGUAAUACCGCUUAAACAGUAGUUGCGCUGAAUCCAAAAUAAUGGAAAGCAAAUUGAAAGGCUGGUAUCAGAAACGGAUAACAAAAACAAAAAUAUAGCAGUAACGAAAACGAUAAUGGUAACGAAAAUACGGCUGUUACCCUUCCAUGGUCGGGCCAUGUGACUGGUAUGAUUGAGCUGGAGUGACCCAGCAACGAACUCAACCUCAACAAGUGCGUUGCUCAACCUUCGUUCAACGUCUGGAACUGCCUCACCGGUUGUAAGAACCACCCUAGGUGGCAUCUUGCUGACAAAAGAAGUCACAAAAGCUGAGACUCUUUGGUGCAUGAAUGCCAUAAUGACACACACCUCUUCACUCUGCCGCAGCCUCGGCUCUGCUAUUUCCGUUGAUGUUUCCGUCGUGCAAAGAUGAAAUUGGGAAAGGAUAAAGUCGGCUACACAAUUUGCUGUGAAAUCGUCCCAUACUUCCAAAAGCAGUUGCUAUCAACCCUCCUUCGUGCACUAUUCUUGAUAGUUCCAUUUCAUGAGUCAUUGAACAAAUUGGCUGAGAAAGAACAGAUGGACGUGCUUGUCAGUUACUGGGACACAAAUAACUCCACAGUGAGGACACAAUACCUCACAUCGUGUUUCCUUGGCUAUACACGUGCAGAUGACCUAGUUUUCACUUUCGUGAAGCAUGAAAGAGAAAAGAGUACUCUACAUAUCAAUGGGUGGACCCAAUGCUGACAUCAAGUUUCUAAGGACCAUCAGCACAGAGAUCAGAGAGUCUGGGGAAGGCCACCACAUCCUAGACAUUGGAAGUUGUGGCUUACGUGUCCUCAAUGGGGCCUUCAAAACAGGCUAUUCUGCAACACAUUGGAGCAUAAGAGUUUUUCUUCGCAGUGCAUAUGAUCUCUUCAAGUGUGCACCUGCACGUCAUGUGGACUACAUUCAUUUGACAGGGAGUACUCUCUUCCCUCCCAAGUUCUGCACUGUGCAGUAUGUGGAGAAUAGGAAGGUCAUCUUGAGGGCACUCGCGUUGCUUUUAAAUUUACUCAUGUAUGUUGAUUGCUAAAAAAACAUGUCUGUGACGCCAGUCUGUACCAACUGUGAUUCAGAAGGCGGUCCCGGUUAAACUCUAAUUCAUGUUGUGAAUCGCCGAAGAGCCAUUUCUUGCAGAAUUCCAGACUGACAAACCGAUGCUUCCAUUUGUGGCAGGUGCGCUGGAAAGUAUUUUGAGGUCUCUUCUGGCCAGAAUUCUGAAGAAGCACGCUCUGAACACUGCACACACGCUUCCAAAGUUGUUAAAAGUGGACUUUGACAAUCCCGACAGCAUUAUUUCUGUGGCAGCUUUUGACAUGGGGCUUAGUGUGAAAACUGGGCUUCGCAAGAUUCCCAAGGAGACGCAGCUUACCAUGUUGAACUUCAGGAAGCUUCCAUCGCCUUCGUCAAGGCAUGUUAAAACAAAACUUAUUGAUAGGUCACCUUUGAAGAACAACCUCACAAGGGGUGCGAGCUGUUUGGACCCAGCUUGUGCAUUGCCCCAGGAAGUGGGCCAGAAACAACUCACUCUUGCUCUUGAGGUGCUCACAGAGAAUGAGUGGUUGACCAGCCUUGGAGCUGAGCAGGCCCAGCAUUCCUGUAUCAAGAUCAGCGUGACGUCACCCACUUUUGCGGCUUCUUAUUGCGAGGACGAGGAGAGGGAGAGCCAUUGCUUGCACUAAGUAGCUUGAUGUAAUGGAGUUCGUGGUGAGGAUCCCUCUCAUCAAAAGAAGGAGGGCGAGCAUGACUGGCGCACGCACAUCACAGUGGAACGGCCUCUGUCACCUCCUUGGCCAGUUCGUGUCAUCAGUCAAGGCAAGAAAAGGCAUUCUGGCUGGGACCACAAAUAAAUUCAUACGAAUUAUUUUGCGGUCCCGGCAUCCAAAAACUUGUGUCAUCUGUGAUCGUAUCAUCGAGAUUCUACUGUGUGUGAAGCAUAGUACGAGGCCUCGUUGAUUCAGGGGAUAAUUGACGCUCUCAAAAAAUAGAACUUAUAUUGGGGGAAUAUUAAAGACAUGUUAAUUUUACGUGGAGUGUCCUCAACCUGUUUUUGGUUCUGCUGUCUGUCAAUGAAUGUGCCUUUUUUCCAUUGCGAACAACUUGUAUAUCACAUUUUACGAACAGAGUAAUCAACGCAGGAAUGCAGGAACCAGUUUUGUGGAUCACUUAUCAUUGCGAGCACUCAGCGUUUGUUUGUCUGAGGUAUUGCGUCUUCUUUCGAUGCACCCGUCAUGUAAAAAAUUGUCCACUAUACAGGUGCCCCACACAUGUUGUGCAAAAUCACCCGGGCCACUCUAUAGUUUGUGCUUGGCAACGCAACUGGUCUUAAUCACAUGAUAGCAAUGACUGAUAGACAGAAACCUUGGCUAUGGCGUGGGAAUCCGCUGUGUUCAGUCAGGGAAUUAGGAGAUUAAUAUUGCUGCGCAACACAUGACUGCACAUACUUACAAAUACGUAGUGUGGUACUAAACAAAAUGUGUGCCACACAUGUCAGAAUCUAAGGGUCUACAUGCUUGGGAUGCACAGGCAAAGGCAACUUCACUGUGGUGCAAUGAUUGCCGUUUGAAUGAGAUGUUCGUUGCUUCCGCUAGUGCAUUGGAAAACACAAAACCUCUGUUUCCUUAUUACAGUUACAAAAAUUGUGCUCCUUA